AUGGCCACUGUACCAAACCUCGAAAACGGGACUGGAAUCGAUCUUGAAAACGACCAUCUAGUAGAUGUGGAAUAUCCAGAGCCUGACUCAACAGUGACCUUGUUACUCUUGGGCGACGCAGGCUGUGGAAAGUCCUUAUUCUUAUCGCGCCUAAAGAGUGGCAAGAAGCCACCAGCACCACCAGGCACCACAACGGAGAGUGCACCCGAGACUCUACGGGAUAGCGACCAGCCAUUCACUUAUGAUAUUCGAUUCUCCAAGAAAUCCUUUACAUUGGAAAUCUAUGAUACAUCCUGUCCUAACCAGCACUGGUCGACUCUCAGCCCUGAUGUCAUCGUUAUAGCAUUCGAUAUCUCAGACCGGGAGACACUGACAAGUCUAAAAGGGUGGCGUAAUGAGGUAUCAAGGCAUUUCCAACAUGGUCGUGGGGAGCGUAUCCCUGUGAUGAUCCUUGGCUUGAAGAGAGAUCUGAGGAAGGAGGGUGAGGGUAUCAUCUACCCACAAGAGGCUUACCGUAUCGCCCAAGAGCUGCGCUGUGAUAGGUAUGCUGAAUGCUCGGCUAUGACGGGUGAACUGCUGGCAGAGACAUUUGAAGACCUUUCAAGGCUUGCGGGAAUGUCGACUACAUCUAAGGGUGGACAAGGUGAUGGAGGUUGUAAUAUUUUAUAA